UUAAACAGUUUGGGAGGGUUAAAACUUUAGAGAUCCUAUCAGGAGGGCAGUAAUUUGCGAUGCCCUUUAAAUGUAAAGUGCAGUAACAAAUCCCAGUCAGUUUGGCUUGACUUCACCCGCGGAAAUGUUUCACCAGUUCCCUGUGCUUGUGCUGCUCUUGUUGGGCCACCACCAAAUCAGGGCCAGCAGGGAAAGCUUUGUGCGAGCCUCUGACCUGGCCCAGUUUCUGGACCGGAUUGGCCGCCUUCACCGCCUGCCUGGUAUUACCAUAGUCAACAGCAUGGGAUCGAUAAGUCCCAGCUAUCUGGAUGACCUGCAUCGCGAAUUGAUGUGCAACAGCAGCAAUCACUUUUAUUUGAUGCCACAGAUGACGGCCACCGAAGAGGAUUCAUCGACUGUCCGUUUUAGUAGGCUGCAGAAUGAGGACACACUGUACUUGGUGUUCGCCAGGGACUCCAGGGAUGAGGUGAUCCAGUUGCAGGCGCAUAGAGCCCGCGGAAGACGCUACUCCAAGACCAUAUUCCUGCUCAGAAGGCAUCAGUCCAAUCGGGAUGUAAAAUAUUUCUUUAGGCUUCUCUGGCAGCUGCAGUUCCGAUCCGCUUUGGUGGUGGUUUCGGCACAAAAGUUCUACCAAAUGGAUCCGUAUCCCACUAUUAGCGUGAUACGCAUGCGGAGACUAUCGGCCUAUGAUCCGUAUCACCUGUUUCCGGCUCCCAGUCGGAGGAAUUUUAGAGGCUAUAGGAUCCGCUUGCCCGUUCAGCAGGAUGUACCGAAUACCUUUUGGUACCAAAAUCAAAGGACAAAAGCCUUGGAAUUGGAUGGCUUGGGUGGAGUCGUUAUCAGCCAGUUAAUGAAGCAUAUAAAUGUGACCUUGGAUGUGUUCAGUUUCGCGGUUAAUGGUUCCAUUUUAAUGAAUAUGACGGCACUGAUGGAUCUAAUUGUGCAGGGAAAGGCUGAACUCAGUCCGCACUUGCACGAUACCUUGCGUCCAAACAAUCUGGUGGACUACUCCUAUCCGGCACAGAUUUCUCCGCGCUGCUUCAUGAUCCCUUUGGACAAUGAAAUCUCUAGAAGUCUGUAUGUAUUCCUGCCUUUCAGUUUGAAUCUAUGGAUUUGCUGGCUAUUCACCAUGCUCAUUGUGCAGUUUGUCUUUGUGCGCCGCCUAAUGCCGGAUACCCAUCUUUGGGCCAUACUGGGAGUGCCAGGAGCUGGUGCAGCUAGAUGUGAAAACAGGAAAGCUUGCAGAAGUAUCUCUACUUUUCUGAUCCUAGGAGGGAUCUUCAUAAUGGUCCAAUCGUAUAGCACCAAGCUCACCUCUUUUCUGACCGUAACACUUACGAGAAGACCAACUGGGAGUUUAGAUGAGCUGUUUCGGCUACCCCAUCGCAUUCUGGUCUUACCCUCCGAUGUGGAGGCCAUUGUAGCUUCCCUGGGACAUGCUGAUCAGUUUAGUUCAAAGUUUUGUCUUACUGAUCCACAGACCUUCGACCGGAAGAGAAUCUCAAUGGAUCCGGAGUACAUCUACCCAAUCAGUCAUAUUCGCUGGAGUUUUUUCGAUUUGCAGCAGCGUUUCCUGCGCAAGAAGCGCUUCUUUUUCUCCAAAAUCUGCCAUGGUUCCUUUCCGUAUCAAUAUCAGCUCACAGUGGACUCUCAUCUCAAGGAUGCACUUCAUCGCUUCCAGCUACACGUUCAGCAGGCCGGCUUACAAGACCUUUGGCUGCAGACUAGCUUUCGAAGGGCACAUCUGAUGGGGUAUUUGCAGGAUUUCUCCACAUUGGCCGAUCUGGAGCAGAAGCUACGUCUUAGACCAUUGGCCCUCAAUCUUCUGGUGCCCGCCUUCAGUCUGUUUCUGUGCGGACUGGUGGGCAGCGGCAUAGCCUUUCUGGUGGAGAUCCGCCAGAGCUUCGGGUGCUUCGGACAAAAGCAGACACCGCCCACUAACCGCAACCCCCGGGAUUAAUGCAUACGAAGUAGCUCAUCCUAACCAGAAACCCUUUAGUCGAAUUAGUACCGAAUAUUAAGUCUAAUCUAAUUUUACGUAUGAUUCACAUUAUAUUCCCCACCUCCACCAACAACAACCACCCACCACAAACGCCAUGAAUGA